ACUUGAGCCUGACGACAGAAAUACUUUAUGGCUGCUUCUUCUAUAAGUUGCUCAGAUAAAUCGACAGUUUAGUUUGAUAUAAUGGAGGGUAUUUUGUUAAAAUGGACAAAUUAUGUUAGUGGUUGGCAACAACGAUAUUUCAUUUUGGACGAUGGAGUUCUGUCGUACUAUCGAUCCAAAGAAGAAAUGAAUAGUGGAUGUAAAGGAUCGGUCAAAUUAUCUGUAUGUGAUGUUAUAGUUCAUAGUUCCGAUCCACGAAGAUUUGAUUUGAUCCUUGGUGAACAAAGAUAUUAUUUGCGUGCUUUAUCGCGGGCAGAUCGACAAAGAUGGGUUAUAGCACUUGGUAGUUCAAAAGUAGGCACUGCACAAUUAAAGUCAGAAGACGUAAAUAUAUAUGAACCUUCACAGACCCAAUUAAUCGAUAAUCAUCGUUCUGAAUUGCGUCUUUAUCAUAAUUUGAUGGUACAACAAGUUAAAGAGAUUCAAAGUGAACUAAAAGAAGGUACGGUCCCAGAUAUGAAUCGUAUUGAUGAAUUAACUGGUAUGUUAAACGCAUCUUGCUCCACAUUCUUAAUAACUUUGGAUGAAUUAAUGAUUUUAAGUAAUGCACAAGCUCCAUGGUUAAGUUCCAUUGUAACAGGAACAACAUUGGAGACAAGUCCUACUAUAUUUCGAAAUACAUCAUGUCUUACCAAUACAGAUCCUUCUAAUAUACAUUCACCAAAUAUGAGUAAUAAUCUUUGUUCUUCAUUGACGAAUGAUCCUAUCUUUCGAAAUUCACAUGCACAAUCAUCAUUGAAUCGGCGUCACUUCAAUGCUACACGAAAAUAUCAAACUUUUUUCUCUACUUUAGAAUAUAGUUUUGAAGAGAUUAAACCAUCUAUACCUAUUCAACCAAUUCCAGAUAAUGAUGAUGAAAUAAAACUACCUGGUGAUUAUUUAUCAGCAUUAGAAUUUGUUAAAGCAUCUAAAUGUUUAUUGCAUUUUCUUGAUCGAUUAAAUAAUAAUAACAAUAAUAAUACUAAUCAAACUAAUUGUACAUUAUCAACUACUUCACGUACUUUUAUUGCAUUACAACAAAUUCGUCAUCGUUUAUUAACUUAUUUAAACUGUAUUGAAUUUCAUGUUGAAAUGCAUACUUCCACAACAAAUAUUAUUAAUGAUCAUCAUAAUCAUACUACUGAUAUGAAUACUACUGUUAUCGAUGAAAACUUAUCAAUGGACAGUAAACAGAAUCAUCAUGAUACAAAUGUAAACAAUCAUUGUAAUAUUUUAUUUAAAAAAGCUCAACUCAGCUUAGGUUAUCUUUUACGAUAUGAAGUGAAACAUAAAGAAUCUAUUCAAGAAAAUAAUAAUUCAGUUUAUAUGGCUAUUCUGUGGUUAUGUAGAUGGUUGAAUUUUGUCAGAGAAUUUAUUCAUCAUUUAUUCUGUUCACCGGAUCCAUCUUCACUUAUUAAUAAUACAUUGAAUCCUGAUACAAGCCUUGUUACCAUAGCAAAUGAAGCGUAUACACGAUGUUUACGACCUUUUCAUUCAUGGUCUGUACGAGGUAUGGCUAUGGUUAUUAUACAAUCACUUCCUUCACGUUUAUACUUACUUGAAUUAUUAUUAAUGGAUAAUCCAGAAACAAUACCAUCGUCAAUCACUUCACCGACUGGAUUACAUCUUGGGUCUUUCAAUGAAACUAAAUCAUUAUUAAUACGUUAUCCAGAGGCAUAUAUUCAAUUAAAAUCAGAUGCUACACGUUAUUCCGAAGCAUUAGGUCGUUUCUUAACAUUAAUCGAAGGUCUUUUAGCCAGUUUAGAUUUAAAUCGUAUAUUCACUGGGUCAGAAAGUUAUUAAUAUAGAGAGUAAGAGGGAAUAAGGAGGGAGAGGGCGGUCUGUUUCAUAACUUUAUCUUCUUUAAUCCUCAUCAUAUCAGUGUGAUUUCGUUGUUUACAUUGAACACAUUCCUUACUUUGUUUUUAUAUGUUAUGGCUGUUUCUAAUAUCAAUAAUAAACACAUAAACUAUUCAUUUAAAAUUAUUUUUCUAUGUACAGUCUCUUUUUUUUAAUUUUUUUGUUUAUAUGUGUUGUCUUUUUGUUUGUGUGUUUGUUAUUUCCUUUUUUUUCUUUUAUUUUUCUUGUUUUUUUACUCGAUGUAUUCUUUAUUGUGUUUUUUCUCUCUCUCUUCAUUCAUAAGCAUAUUUAAACUACAGAUUGAAAGAGUAAGUGGUGGGAUCAAUCAUUUCAUGUUUUGUUUGUUUGUUUGUGUUCGUAUGUGUACACUUAAAAGAGAGAAAGUGAGAGGGAAAGAUGGGGGGGGGUAAUUUUCACUAUGCUCCCCAUUUAAUAUGUUUUAGUUGCCAACGCUCUACAUCUACCCAUAUAUAUAUAAUUAUUGUCAUUGUCAUGAUAGAAUUUGUUGCGUAAGAGUUUAUUCUGUCAGUUAUUUCAAUGAAAUUUUAUGUAUUUUUUAUUCACUCUAUCAAUAUUAUAUCCAGAUUUUAUGUACACGAAUUUAUGUGUAUUUACCAACUUAUUUAUAAUUAAUCUAUCAAUCAUGAUG